AUGGACCUGGAAUCAAUUUGGCAACACCUCAAGGAAGCCACGGGCGCUUCUGCAUCCCCUGCCCAAUCUUUGAUAGACCCUUCUACUGGUGGGAUUUUCCCCAUCUCCAUCGUCGAGAAUCUUUUUCGAUAUCCGCUGCAGAAGCUAGGAAUUGCCGGAAAGCAAGAGAAUAUGAUUCCUCCAGCUACACCAAGUAAGAGUGAUCCCCCUCGAGAGGUCCUCCUUGGAUCUCAUGUAGUGGCGGGGAUGAUCGGCAAGCUUGUGGCUGCUAUUACCUUAAUCCGGAAACCGGGUGUGCCGCCUUAUAACUUUUCGUCAAAUCCUGCCCCAGACCCUACUCACCAUUGGGCUAUCCUCGUUGGGGACUACUACCACGAGCUUGGUGGCGACGUGGAGUUUAACAUCCUAUACAAUAACGACAAGACAUCAGCACAGACCUUUCUUGGCUUAUGGGAGAAGCCAAUAGUGAUUGGCAAGACUACUUUUAACGACGAAGCUAUCCGACAGGCUGCCGAAGAUGUCAUCAAGGCCAUGGUGCCAAGAUACAAUAUCUACAAUAACAAUUGCCAGCUAUUUUGUAUGAACUUAGCGGACGCGAUUUGCGAGGGUGGCCAUGCUACGCCAACGACUAGCUGGCAGAUGAGACCUGUGUUGCAAUCCGAGCCAGCAAAACGUGUACGUGAGAUAACACUUAAGCAAACUCCCUUCAUACCUCCGAUCGAACUAGCUUAA